UAUGAGUCAACAAGUAGUGCAAAAAGAAUUGAAAUCUAGAUAACCGAAGCGAGGCGCACAAAUGCUCGUCAGUUUUGUAAUCUGAACUGAACUAACGAGCUAUCCAGGAUCCAGCUGUGGAAUCACAUUUUAUCAGGUGAUGGCGUCGAAGUCUGGUAACGACGAGGACGAAAAAGAUUUUUUAGUAUGUGGAAUCUGCAUGGAUUAUUAUGAUGACGGCGUUCGCACACCGAAGAUACUAGAAUGCUUUCAUUCCUGCUGCAUAACAUGUUUAAAGUUGCAAGCGGUAACAUCAAUCAUAACAUGUCCAUACUGUCGUCAAGAGACUAAAAUUAAAAAUAGAGUGGAAAACAUGGUAACCAACUUUUACAUCAUGCCAAGUGUUCAAAAACUCAUGGUCAAGAGGAAGAGCAUUGAACAAAUGAUAGCAAAGACAAAGGACAACUGGGCUGAAGCAAUUGCUACACGGCGUGAUGCCCAAUCAAAACUGAAAUUGGUCCAGGAUUCUUUGAAAAUGAUUGAAAACAUGAUUAUCCAGAAGUCAGAAGACAACAAUGAAAAGAUUGUUAUACUGCAAUCACUUUUGGAAGACCCAUUUUGUAAGCAAGACAUAGAAGAACUCUUGGCUUCACAAGCAAAGUGUGAAUCUGAUCACAUGCUUUCCAAACAAGAACUUUCAUCAGCCAGCUUAACUUUGGACCCUUUACUGGGAAUAGAGGAUUUUGUUUGCUGCUUAUCAUUGAAAAAUAACAACAAUGGAACCAAGUUCAACAUUAAAGCUUUGGAGAACAAGACACUAUCUUUCAGUAACAAAUCUCCUCAAGGGCCUGUUAUGGGUUUGUUCCAAUCAAUUCUGAGCUUCCUGUUGGUCCAAAUGAGAGAAGAAAACCUCUGGAAAGAAGAUGGCACCCAAGAUGGAAGUGAACAAGCACAAGCUUGUGCAACGAAUCUAAUGAACGGAAAUAGUAUUUCUAUUCAGGAAAAGUUACUUCCCGCAUUUAUUAAUUACUACGACAAUGAUACGUCAUCUGAAGAAAUUUCCACUACCGGGUCAGAAAACUCUUCGGGAGAUGGACAUCAAAUGUGCUAUAUGCAAUUUAGAAUCAAUAACACUAUCCAGCCGAAAGUCGUCUUUCGCCUCAAUUUUGACGAGGCUCCCAUGAUGAGCAGGCGUUUCAUGAAUUACUGUACCGGUUUCAGUGGUCUAUCUUACAAGGAAUGCUCCAUAUUUAUGAAUAAAAGUGGAGAAUCCUUUACUGCUGGAAAAUAUGAAGACUUGGAAACGCUACAAGAUCAGGACGGAUUUGCUGGUUUAUUGCCUAUGGGGUGGCAGGAUGGAAGAACACAGCGUUUCAUUGCCGACCAAUCAACUCUGGACGAGUCUGUAGGUGCCCUACGUAUGCGGCAUCGCGGAAGGACGAUUGGAGGCGUCUUCGUUUGUUCAGAGUUCUCCAUCAUAUGCCGUGAUCAUCCCAACAACAGCCAGAUGACCACCGUUUUCGGUUACGUGCAUAGCGGUAUUGAAAUAUGUCAGCAAAUCAGUCGGCUAAACCUCGAAGAAAACCCCGUCACCAUACACUCGUGCGGAGAAUGGUUUCCGUAGACCAGACAUGAAAUCGUAGUCCUACCGACAAAUUCUCAACUUUUUAAAUUCCAAUAUGUACUACUAGACGACGAAAACAUACACCGAUGAUGUUUUGAAAAUACUCUCCAUAAUAAAUACGGAGAGGACAAUUAUGAUUUGGUGGAUGUAUCGUCGAUGGAGAGAAGUGAGAAAUAAUAACUUCGGUAGUAGAAUUACAUUAGUUAAUUAGCAUAGAGAAAAUUGGCUGUAUAUGAUAUCAAUAAUAAUACACAAUCAUGGCCAUCA